AUGAACGAUAAAAUUCAAGAACAAGUAACAGAAAUUUAUGAAAAUGAAUCUAAUGAAAAUCAACUUGCAACCAAUGUGAACGAAAAUAAUGCUGACAAUAUAAGUAAUGAAGAUGAAACUGGACCUGUUAAAGUAUCGAUUGGUGUUGGUCGAGAUGCAAGAUCAGCAAUUAGAACUAAACAACAGACAAUAACCACAACCAUAGGUGAUGAAUGUGAAUAUGUAGGUAAUAUAUAUGCUGAUAAAAAACAUGGCGAAGGUAUUUUAACCUGGUCGGAUGGUAGAAUAUAUAAAGGUGCAUUUUUUGCUGAUAAACGACAUGGUUUUGGUACUUUUCAAACUUCAAAUCUUUUAGAGUUUAAGGGUCUCUAUCGUAAUGAUGAACGAUUUGGACCAGGUAUUUUAAUCUAUAAAUCCAUUCAAAGUGCUGAUGUAGGUUUCUGGUUAAGUGAACAACUUGUUCGUCUUCUUUAUCCACAUCCUAUGCUUAAUUUUGAUAUUCAUAUAACGGAUAAAAAACCUCCAAGUGAUUCGUCAUGUAUUAUACCAUCAUGGUAUUCACCUCAAGAAUUACUUUCAACUUCUAUUGAUCUUGAUUCUAUUUUAAAAAAGAAAUCAAGUGCUUUAUUUUGUCAAAAUAUUGAAGACGAAAAUUCUUCUUUAACUCGUUAUAUAAUUGAACAUUCGGAUCGACUUGAUGAAGCUAUGCAUGAAAGAUAUACACAAGUUGAUGCUUAUUUAGAAAGUUUAAAUAAUGAUAAUGAUAUAUUAAAAGAGAAAAUUUCAAAUGAACGAAUUGCUGAUAUUUCAUUACCAAAUGAAACAUAUGAACAACGACAAUUAUAUUAUUAUACAAAUAAAUUUUGGCCAUUAAAACAACGUGCAACAUUUUCUAUUGAUGAAAUUUUAUCAAAUACUCGUUCUUCUUUUCCAAAUUCUGGUCCAUUGGAAAAUUCUUCAUUAUCUCUAUUCGAAUCAGCAUUUAAUGGUGAAAUAAAAACUGUACGUGAUCUUCUUAUGCAUCGUCAAGUUUAUGUUGAUGUUUGUGAUUCUCGUGGUUUAACUGCUUUACAUUUUGCUACAUAUAAUAUUCAUAUUAACGUUGUAAAUCUACUUCUUGAUUUUGGUGCUAAUGUUAAUCAAUUAUCAGAUGAUGGAUUGACUUCACUUACUAUUGCUUUUUUACUUUAUUAUGGAAAUGAUCCACAACAAACAAUUAAUAUAGCUUUAGAACAUGUAGAUCCUAUUGUUUUAACUCCAAAAUCAAUAUCUGUAGCAGAUAUAAGACGAUCAAAUUCAAAAGAUAGACUAUUAUUAAGUAGAGCAACAACAAAUACACCAAGAAAUUUAAUAAGUCGAGCAAGUACAAUCAAUGAAGAUAAAUUCGUUUCUUCAUCUGAAUCAAUUAAAAUAAAUGAUAUAGAUAAGAAAAAUUCUUAUGGCUAUGAGUUUUCUGAUAAGCUUCAUGAACGUCUUCAGGAUGAAAAUUUUCGAGAAUCUGUUUAUUCUCUUAUCAAACUUCUACUUCGUCGUGGUGCUAAUCCUUCACUAAGUGAUUGGCCAUUACCAGUUCUUGCUCUAGCUGUUCGAGCUGGUGAUAAAGAUAUGGUUGAAUUAUUAUUAAAGAAAAAAGCUCAAGUUAAUUGUCGAUUAAAUACUGUUCGUCAUGCUUCUUUAACUCCAUUACAUAUUGCUUGUGGUUGUUUAUCAUCAAAUGCAAUCGAUAUUGUUCGACAAUUAUUAGAACAUGGAGCACAUGUCAAUGCAGAAUCAUUAUCAGGCGGUCAAGAAUAUUUAUCACUUGCUGAUCCAUCAGUUAUCGAUAUACAUAGAAUAAAUGACUCUGUUCCACAUGGCCGUACUCCUUUACAUAUAGCAUGUACACGUGAAACAACAGAAGAUACAUUAUCUCUAGUUCGUCUACUUCUUGAAUAUCAUGCUAAUCCAAAUGUUGUAUGUAAUGGUCAAACACCACUUUCACUUGCUAUCACUCUUGGAAAUGAACGUUUAGUUGAUUUACUUAUCAAUCAUGAAACAACAGAUCCAUCGACUCCACUCGGACUAGGAAAUGGAAAUGUAUUAUGUACUAUUUUAUCAACAGUUCAAGAACCUCGAUGGACUUAUGCUAAACGAUUAGAAUUAAUUGAACGUCUCAUAGCAAAAAAUCCUAAAGUUCUUUAUCCUAUUCGAUUUGGUCCAAAACAUACAUUAGGAUCAUCAGUUGAUUAUGCUUAUUAUUCUUUUUUGGCUGAUGCUCGAAUAUCACAAACACCAUAUCAUUCAUUAACACCUCAAGAACGAAUUAUUUAUAAAGAAAGAAAAGAAUUACUUGCUUAUAUAGCUAAACGAUUUCGAGAAGAAGUAACAAAACGUGAAAAUUUUUUGCGUUUACCAACACCUGUAACUGAAUAUCCAAGUCGAACACCGAGUGUAGCUAUGUUUGUACCACGUACAAUUUCUCGUAGUCGAUCAUUUAUGACAGAAAGAUCAGUUGAUAUUACUUCAAAAAUAAGUAAUGAAUUUCAUUAUUGUGCUACAUGUGGUCGAAGUACAGGUGUUCGACUUACACUUUGUAAACGAUGUCAAUUAGUAUAUUUUUGUUCAAAAGCAUGUAAAGUAGCUGGAUGGAAUGCUUUUCAUCGACAUGAAUGUCAAAUAGUAAAUCAAAUAAGUGAAGGAGAUCGACCAAUUACAACGUCAAAGACAGUGUCAUCGAAAAAUAAAUUACCGAGUCUUCGUCCUAGUACUCAACAAACUGAUCUUACACAAUUUCAAAGUGCUAUUAACAGUGGAACACGUGCUGAGAAUUACACAGCUUUGGAUGGUGCUUUAUUCAAAGAAAAUGUUUUAUCUAUUAAAACUCCACCACAUAUAACCAAUAAUAGCCGAUUACCAAGUCUUUCAGUGUCAAAAUUAAUACGUCAAAAACGAUUGAAAAAAGUGGGAAAAUCAGGUGAAAAUUUACCACCAACAUUACCAGCUUAUUUGGAAGGUAUUCAUUUAUCAUGGAAUAGUAUGUAUAAUGCUCCGGAAAAUUAUAGUUUUAAUUGA